AUGGGCAUGACCCUAGAUGGGGAUAUAUCCCACGACGUUUCAGUUCGGGCAGAGAGGAUCAGGCAGCGCGGCAUAGCAGACUCGAUGCGGUAUUACCGGGCGCUAGGCUUUCGCCGUGUGGGCACGUCGGGCUAUUUUGCCUGGAUCUCAGCCGCCGACCACGCAAGCAAGGCCUUGGAGGCGAAGGACGAUUACGAUCCGCCGGUUUAA